AUGAACUCUCGUAAUUGCUAUUUUGUACUUGCUCAUCCGAAAGAUUUAACUGGCCAAACUAAGUCCCUCCUGCAGGAGGUGUUUGCUCUUUACACAAAAGAGCUACCUGCGAUGAACUUUGCUUCCAAUACUGGAAAAGAAUCAAUGUUCCUUCAAAGAUGUGUUACCAAUGGGAAAUACUGCACUUUACUUCUCAAGUCCAAGGAUGAAAGACUAUCUGGAGAGGUCAUUGCAGCAAUUACUUAUCAAAUUAUCCCAGCUGAUACACAGUAUGCUGAGGUUCCUCUUGCUGCUGUUAACUCAAUCUUUCAGCGCAAGGGAAUUGGUUGCUUGUUGUACUCGGAAUUGAGAGAAAGGCUGCAUAGUGUAGGUGUUCAGACUAUACUAUGCUGGGGAGACAAAGAAUCAGAAGGAUUUUGGAUCAGACAGGGGUUUACAGUAAUUGGUGAGGUUGCAAAAAAUGGUAGAGCUCACAAACUCCCAAUCAAGUCUGAUAUACGAAAAGCACUGUGCUUUCCUGGUGGUUCAACUUUAAUGUCGUCUCAUCUUCUCAAAGCGAGCUCAUCUGGAUCAGCAGAGCUACCAAAUCUAAGUUUACCGGUGAAACCUAUUCAACUGUCUCUUGGAAACCAAGAACUGAUUCAUGUUGCUGAGGGCCAAGGGCCUCUUUCUAAAGAAAAUAACCAGAUAGUUGAAAGUGGGUAUCAUGAGUCUGAUAUACUAGGGACAGGAAAGCUUCCUAUCGAUGGGUGUCAAGAUGUAGGCAUUCUGCCAGCUGCAAAAAUUUGCAAUGUGGCUAAUGCUUCUGGAAAACUGGAAGGUCUAAGGGAAGAUGAUGAGGAUAAUUUCUCUUGUUCAGUGGAUGGAAAUAAGAAAAGGGUGUGGGAAACCUCCUGCACCUCAUUGAUGUCAAAGAAAGUAAAGGGCACUCAUUCGGAGGUCCAUCAAUCAUCUUCUUACUCACCUAGUUGGACACGUGAUGGCGGAGUUGCUAAUUCUCUUGAUAGAAACUGCUUGUCAACAAUUGGAAAUAAUUUUUAUCCUGAUAUUUCACUAGCAAAUGAGAGUAAUAGCAUGCAUGAAAAAGUGGAUCUUGGAGCCAGUAAUAUCACAAGGAAAGAUUUUGACAUCCCAGAAAUCCCAUUUACAGCAAAAUCUCAUAGAAUUAUGCUGAUGAAUAUUGCUGAUGCUGAUAAGAAAUCAUAUCUUACCAAGAUAAUUGAAGAUCUGGGUGGAAUUGUCACUUCUGAUGGAAGCUUAAGUACGCAUGUUGUCACUGGGAAAGUGAGAAAGACACUAAAUUUCUGCACUGCUCUCUGUUCAGGAGCCUGGGUCAUCUCACCUGCCUGGUUGAAAGAAAGCUUCAAGAAGGGCAAAUUUCUAGAUGAGACGCUGUUCAUUCUAAAUGACGAAGAUUACAAAACUAAGUACAGAGUUGAGCUCAAGAGUGCAGUCGUCAGAGCAAGAGCAAAUCCAUGUUCAUUGCUUCGAGGUCUCGAUAUAUGGCUGGCAACUCAUGUGCAACCUCCCUUCCAGACUCUGUCAGCAAUUGUCAAGUCAGCUGGAGCAAAUGCCAUCAGAACACAGAAUGAGACACACGAGGUAUCAAAAACCAUCUUUGUGGCUUGUGAGGAAGACAUGGAAGAAGCUGUAUCAGCUCUGAAUUUGGGGAUUUGGACAUUCAGCAGUGAUUGGCUUAUGAACUGUAUCAUGAAGCAAGAACUUGAUCUAGAUGCCCCUCAGUUUGCAGAAUCCCUUUAG